UUAAAAACAGACUUCGAAUUUAGAGAAUAAUAAUUUAAAUAUUUUUUUAUAGUUUAAAAUAUGGUUGGAAACUAUUUUGUACCUUCUAUAAUUCGAAUGUCGAAUAUUUGAAGACAUUGUUCCGUAAAAUGUUUAUUGUUUUGGUCAAAAGAUAUAAAAGUAUGAUAUUAGCAAGUAUUUUUUUCUUCUAUAUUGGAUGUGGUUUAACAUUGAGCUUCCUUCGUCUUGAAUGUGCUGAGGCAGUAUCAACAGUAAGCUCAGUUAAUAAUAAAAAGAGCAUACUACACAGUAAUUCAGAGUACAUUGUGCUUAUAUUAAGUGGUCCCUCCAAUGAAGAAAAGCGAGAUGCAAUUAGAGCUACUUGGUCAAAAUUAUCAACCAAUCUAUUCAUAGAAAAUGGGGAAAAAUUAUAUAAAUGGAAUCUCACUGGAUCCAGUCCGACAGUGCACCAUGAAUUUAUUAAGUACUAUUUUGCUAUAGGAACACUUGGAUUAAGUAAAAUUAAAUUAGAUGGCUUAAUACAGGAGAAUAGUAGGAGUCAUGAUUUGCUGUUUUUAAAUGAGCUUGAAGAUAGUUAUAAAAAAUUAUCUCUAAAAAUACUUCUUGCAUUGAGUUGGAUUAGUAGCAAUGUAGAGGGUUUGAAAUAUUUGAUAAAAUGUGAUGAUGAUUCAUUUGUGAGAAUUGACUUAAUUGUUAGAGAUUUAGAGGCUUUUGCACCGCAGAUGAGUGACACUGUAAUAAGUGAAUAUGUUAGUUAUAAGGAAAAUCUGCCGUCAUAUAAAGGAUUGUACUGGGGAUAUUUUGAUGGCAGAGCAAAAGUAUUCAUGAAUGGCAAAUGGCAGGAACGAGAUUGGUUCCUAUGUGAUCACUAUUUGCCCUAUGCCCUUGGUGGUGGAUAUGUUAUAUCACAGAGUAUUGUAGACUAUAUAUCAAGAAAUGCUGAUUUUCUGAGCCAUUAUAUAUCUGAAGAUGUUUCAAUGGGUGUUUGGACGGCAGCUCUCAAGGGUGUGAACAGAGUCCAUGACAUUAGAUUUGAUACUCAGUGGCGAUCACGUGGUUGUGUUGACCAUAUGCUUGUAAGACACAAUCAAACACCAAGUGACAUGUUCCUAAUGUAUAAAUCAUUAGUACAUUCACAUGGAGAGAAGCUUUGUAGUAGUGAAACACCACAACACAUGUUGUAUCGGUAUAAAUGGAAUGUUUUGCCCAGUAUGUGUUGUAAACAAUAUACAUAGAAAAAUCUAGUCAAUAUUAUAAUAAUUUUAUUAUAAUUAUUUAUAUACUGUGUUAGUUUCUAAUUUCUUAAACUUUUAACCUCAAAUAUCUCCAAUAGAAGAGGUAAUAAUUCCAGAAAAAUAGAACAGAAAUAAUCUUUAUUCAAAUAAACAAUUUUAAGGAUUUUUUAAUGAUAACAUUCAUAACUAUUGAUAAGUACUUGAUGUGUACUGAUAAGUACAUAAAC